GGGCUCCGCCGUAUAUAAGCGGGGCGGGGUCCUGGCGGCGCGGUCCUGUCACGCUCGCACGGGGAGGAGGCUGAGGUGGCGAUGGCGGAUUUUGAUCCCUAUGACGAUCGGGCCUACAGCAGCUUCGGCGGCGGCCGGGGGUCUCGUGGUGGUGGCCUUGGUUCCCGCAAACAGAAAGAGCUGCCAACAGAACCCCCUUUCACAGCAUAUGUGGGAAAUCUACCCUUCAACACUGUUCAAGGAGACAUAGAUGCCAUCUUCAAGGAUCUCAGUGUAAGGAGCGUACGACUAGUCAGAGACAAGGAAACAGACAAAUUUAAAGGAUUUUGUUACGUAGAGUUUGAUGAGGUGGAGUCACUCAAGGAAGCUCUUACGUAUGAUGGUGCACUUUUGGGUGACCGAUCACUCCGAGUGGACAUAGCAGAAGGCAGAAAACAGGAUAAAGGUGGCUUUGGUUUCAGAAAAGGUGGCGGGCCUGAUGACAGAGGAAUGGGAGGAGGUUCCCGAGAAUCCAGAGGAGGUGGAUGGGAUUCCAGAGAUGACUUCAAUUCUGGAUUCAAAGAUGAUGACUUCUUGGGAGGCCGGGGUAGAGGAACCCGCCCUGGAGACCGGCGACCACCAGGUGCCUCAAUGGGAAGUGGUGGCACUGGUCGCUUCAGAGAUGGGCCUCCCCUUCGUGGAUCUUCCAUGGACUUCAGAGAGCCAACAGAAGAGGAAAGAGCACAGCGACCCCGACUUCAGCUCAAACCUCGAACAGUUGCUACUCCCCUCAAUCAAGUAGCCAACCCAAAUUCUGCUAUCUUCGGUGGAGCCAAGCCCCGAGAGGAAGUAGUAAAAGAGCACGACUGAGUUUGGGGUUGAGAGGGAAUGGGGAGGCGGGAGAAAAAGCAAGACAGUACAGUUUACCAUUCCUGCCAUCUGGUAUUUGUCCUCUUUGAAACCGAAAAUACAGAGCUUGUGAAUGCAUGUCAGCUGUUAACAAGUGGUUUUUAGUACGUUCUUGGCUUUGCUGUAUCUAGUGCCUGCUUUGUGCUGAGUUUCCCUCUUCUGUUUCCUUCCAAGCAGCACAGUGCCAGUAGAUAUGGCAGUGUAGCUGCUUCCACAGGUGUGGAGGUCUCUGGACAAAGGUGCUGCUUCACUUCUUCCUUUCUGGGUUUGUUUUACUUUAGAAGCACAGGUUAGACUUAGUUAUUUCCCUGUAUUGUUUCCUUUUACUUCCUCAGUGCUCCUCUUCUGACCUGCAUGUCUUGUUCUGUAUUGCUGUGGCUCUGAAGAGGAAAACUGGGAGUCCAGAUGAGUUGAACAGAGAAAUUUACAGUUCUAACCAAGUAGUGAAAUACCAUUUAUGACAAUUGGUGUUAGAGUUACUGUAUACAGCAGAGCCCCUUAUAAAACUAAGGGGGACAGCUGCCCUUUCACACAGGUUACCAGGAAGUAUCAAUUUAAUAGAUGCAAAUAAAAUUGGCUGAUAAGAAGCCUGGUGAAUAGGUGGUGGAAUCAGUAUGGAUAAAGCAGUUGCCAGCAGACGCUUGCUGGUGGCUGUUGACUUCAAAGUGGUAUGAUACUACACCUCUGAGCUCAAGGUUAGUGCUGCAAAAAUGUGCCUGUUUGAGCAUAACUGCUCACUGGCUCUUUCUGCUUACUUUUUUGGGUUUUACAUGUUUGGUAAAUUUUUAAAUGAAGUUUCUACAAAUAAAAUUGACUUUUUUAUUUCUGUUUAAGGAGUGUAUACUUUGCCAUGCAGUAUGGCAUCGCCAUUAUCCCCUGUAUUUCUUUGCCCAGUGGUGUACAGUUUUAAGACCUCUGCUCUCAGAAUACCUUGAAAAUGGGCAGAUUAUAAAUUGUUCUGCUCUAGAUUCUCUUCCUGUAGAAGUUUGGGUAAAAAGCAUCUCUAAUUGCUGCACCUCUCUUCACUUGAAACGUUUCUUGCUGGUGUUGUGUGGGAGGAGGGAGGGGAGGCUGGAGCAAAAGGAGAGAGAUCAUUAAUGUUUAAAACCAAAACCUGGAUCUACAACACUGGAGUGAGGAUAUGUCCAAUGCAUGAGAGAAACUUGGGCCCCUAAUGCUAGUGCUGACAGCUUUCGGCUAGAACAGCCAGCACGUCAGAGCAUUUGCAAGAGGAGUUUGGAGGCAUGGCUGCUUCACUGCUGGCAUCUCUACUAGUAGUGAAUUUCUUCCCUAAAGUUACCUUUGUAAUGUCAGAGUCCCAGCAAUUUACAGAACUACUCUUCCUUCCUUCUGCCUGUCACUUAAUCUGCUUCUGAGAUAAGAACCAUUUGUCUAACACUAAUACUUAAUUUAAGACAGACAUGCAUUUGUGUGGUUGUAUUCCAAACCAAUAAUUGACCUAUUUACAUCUUCAAUGUGGAAAAGAUUUUAAGAACAAAUUCCCAUAUAAAAACUCACCUCUAAUCAAGACAGUUGACUUCUAAAUGUAAAAAAAAAAAACAAAAAAAAAAACCUAAAAAAAAAAAAAGAAAGAAAAAGAAUUCCAGACACUUAACACAUUCUGCUUCAUAACAAAAUAAAUUUAUGGAUAUGGUAUUUUGUGAAUGAUCUUUUAAAUAAAAGAAAACGUUAAGUAAUAUUUAACAUUGGUCUUUAUUUGAGUCUGCUAUAGCAUGGGUUUUUUUCCCCGCCCUCACUUUUCAAACAUUGUGUUACUUUGGAAAUUUGCUUCCUUAAAUUUUUGGGGGAAGCAGUCCCAGACCAUUCUUAUACAAAUAAGGGGCGGGGGGCGGGGAGGAAAAGAAAAAGGGGAGGAAUCUAAUCUGAACGAGUGAUGGAACAUGCAGGAUACAGUGAAAUAAAAAUUGUGUAGGAGUGGAGGCGAGCUCAAGCUCUUUGACCUGUGGCUUCAGUAGGAGCCAGGACGGGGCGGUGCUGGAGCUUCCCACAGGCCGGGUUCUGCUGCCCUCGGGCCAGAAUCCCCUGCCUGGUACCCGGCAAAAUGCGAGUCCUUCCACUUGGAGAACUGAGCAGCUUGAUGGGGAGUCUUUGUGGUGAGACAACGUAAAUAGAUCCGCUUGCUGCUGUCUUGCCCAGUUUCUCCCAGCUUUUCCAGCUGACCUGUUUCUCACUAGAUAAAACUGUUGAUGAGGCUGCUGCCCUGUGUCUUUGAAGUAUGGGUGGACUGCAGGGUGAGUUAAAAGAGGGAGAGACAGGUUUUUAUUGAGGAAAUGAGCUCUGACCUUCCUGCUGGUUUUAUUACUUUCUGUAGAAUGAAAGGACGGAAAGCCUAGGUCCACUACACUCUUUUUUUCACCUGCCCUUACGGCAGCUGGCGUAGAGAAUCCAAACCCUGCUCUGGAGCCAUGUGCUGGAGCAGCGUGUGUAUUGGCACCUGACUGUCCUACGUGAAUAACAACCUGAGUUUUAUAUGUAGGAGCAGGGUGAGCUGGGGGGCAUGGUGUCCUUCAGCUCCUGCCCCAAGGCGUGCUCAUAGCUGGCCUUUCAAACCUUCCCAUAGGGGAAUUCCGUCCCUCUGCAUCGAGGGAGGCAGCUGAUUUGUGAGAAAGGUAGAGAGAUGGAAAAUGGCUCAUCUUAGUCCUAUAAAUAUUUUUUUCAUCUCUGCUAAUAUUUGUUUGGUCAAGGGUUUCCCACUGGUAAAUGCAGCCUAAUCUCAAUAUAAUAUAAUUUUUUUUUUCUUUUAGUAAUUCUUCAUACACAAACAUUAAUGUGUUGCCUGGUUUCUUUGGAGCAUUCUGCAUUAUGCUUCCCAUAUGACUUAGGGUCAGACUCCUCCAGUCCUUUUUCUUUUCCCCCUUCAAACAUCUAAUUGAUUAACAUUUUCCUAUAGAGAAGCAUAUCAAACUAGCUUGUGUCAACAGUUGACAAAACUGUAUUUAAUAUAUGGAUGUGGCAUUUAUGUUUUGUAGGAGGAAGCAAGAUUAUUUUUUCCCCAUCCCACCAGCAAAAAGCAGUUAAGGUUUAAUCUAAUGCUUAAUUUUACCUGCAGCUUAAAGCUAAGACUGGCAUGGCAAAGCCUAGACUGAGGAGUUGUAACAAACCAGCAGUUGUAACAAACGGAUAAUUCACUUUGUGGCUGUUCGUAUUCUCACCCAGUUAUUUCUAGUAGCUGUGCAGAGCUUUCUUCAAGCUUGAACUUAAAACUGAAGUCAGGAAUGCAGCAGACGGUUUUUGGAACUGAAAUUGAAUUUGCUUUGCUAGCGUGGAAAGCGCUUUGUUGUGUUUCUCCAGUUGGGUUGCAGGUGGGGAAUGCUGGUGUGUCUGGAAGAGCUGUGGGACAGCGCAGGAGUAAGCAGCGUGCUGCAAAGCUCCACUGUCACCAUCCGAAAAACAAACCCCCACUAAGCUCCUGAGCGCAGGGUGGUCCUGGGAGAGCUAAUCCCGGUCCUCGAACGGCAGCAGCCCAGUGCUGGCGCGGGCGGGCGGCCGACUCGCUGGACCGUGCAAGUCUGUGACAGCUUCCACGGGGGCUCUUCGUGGUGUGGUCAGGAAUGUGCUGCUGGGGGCUGAAGAAAGAGGUGGAGGAGUGUUCACGUAGUCGGGCUGGUGAUGGAGUCAAGUUAAAUUUAUGCCCUCGAAUGUGGUUUACUCGCCUUCCUAAAGUAGCAACAAAAUGUUAACCUACUACUGAGAUACGCUGGCACUACUAAAAGUCUCCAGUGCUGAAGUUCUGAAGUUCUGCUAGGUGUCCAGAGCUGGUUGUGAUAGUGAGUGUGGCCAAGACUCGCCAUCCUAGGGCAGUUUUGGAUGAUGCUGAUAUUUUUCAGUUUGUCUUAUGAAUUCUAUUAUAGUUUCAAUCCUGACGUUAGCAUACAGUAUAGUAGGAGCAUUUGCUACCUGUAGUACUAGCUGCUGAGUUGUCUUCAGAAAAGAUAAAAUUGUGAGAACUUUAGAGCAAAUCCUGAGAUACUGCAACCCUUCCUUUUUUGUAGAAAAUAUUUAAUAAUAAAGCCAGCAAAUUUUGAAAUGCAUGUGCGACCCCUUCAUCAGAGUGCUUGAAUGUAGCAACUUGCAGAGCAGCCCUUGUCCCGCUGACUGCUUUGAACAGAGCUGCUUGGAGUGACUGUUUUCCAGGAAUCCUCUGUUCACCCAGUGUGGAUUCGGGACAAAGGUUUGCCCCGAGCAGUGCAGUUCGAAGCCAGGCAUUGAUCACUGGUUUUCUACACCGACCUCAUUCCUUCUCGGUGUGUGGAAGUGUGUCUCAUGAUUAUUCACACUGGCUUACAGCAGGAACACGGGCAAUAAGCUGUUAACUGUGAGCACCUUUGAAUUUGCGUGAAGUUGAUGUUUUACAUUCUGAUGGUUUCUGUGUUUCGCUACCAGAUGAGAGCGAAGGCUCUGAAGGAAUGGGGCUGUUCCUGUAUCCUGGCAUAUUCUAGCACAGCAUCGGUUACCUUUGAAGUUCUCAAGAGCACUUCUCUGGGCUGGAUUCUUGGGAUGCAAUUUUGUAGGUGAUGCUUGUCUUAAAUUUUUAGAAAGGGGAGUUUCUGUGGCGGAAUUGGAAUGUGAUUUCCAGCUGAGACUGGAAUUUUCUCAUCCGGUUAGGUGAAUCCCUCCUCUCAAAUGCCACUAUCCCACUGCACAACUUCAAGGAAUCAGUAUAUUUGAAGUGGCAGAGGGCCAUCUUUUGCUGGGUACAUACAUUUUAUCUAUAUAAUCUGCGAUUUAUUCUGUUAUUCACGAUACCACUCACUAUAGUGGUAUUAAACUGAACCAAUUAGAAGCAUUUAAAAUGGUGUGAUCGCAUUCUUUGACCCUGCUUUCUGAAGGACUUAAUCCUUCAGUGCCAGACACUUGACUCUCCAGCCUGAUGCACAUCAGGAGUAGCAAUAUCCUGAUGACAUUAUGUGUUCUGGACUAACUGGAGAAACAUACUACCAAAGCUAUAGGUGUAUAGCUUGUGCCUAUCCUGUGCAUUGGGGGUGGCACGGGCGCUUUGCUGGUUCCUCCCCACGUCUGCUCACAAACCCGACGCUUAGAUGGGCACAAGAAAUGGGAGAUCGGGUUCUGGUUGCACGUGCGGUGUCACAGUGUGCGUACGGUGUCGCUGUUAUUAAGUCUAAGAUCAUGUUCCUCAUCUUACUGUAGCUGUUUGGGUGACUAAAUCUAGAGCAUUUUAUAGUUUCCUUUUCCAUAGCUGCAAUGACUCUGUUACGUGACAUUGCCUGCUCAGCGGCAGGUUAAUUUUAACACUGGCUUCCUUCAUUUCUGUCCCCUUUGCAGCAAAGUGCAUCCAAGGGCUUUAAGGACAUUCAGCGCUGUUACAGGAACAACCUGCUUACCUGUAAACUCACAAAUUCUUGUGUAAAGCUCUAGAGUAUCCCAGGGUUGAUGUUUUGGGUGUGUUAUUGCUGGGAACGCUGCCACCACCUUACUGCCCAGUAGAUUUCAUCCAGGUUAGUGUUCCCCAUGGUAGGGGUUUGCUUCCUACUAUGACAUUGUUUUGUUCAUGUCACCGUGCUCCCAAGAUCUGCCUCUUUCUUUUAAAUAAACCAAAAAAUCACUAAGUACCUCUAUAAACCCCUGCAAAAUCUGUACUGUAAUGAAUCUGUAUAAUUUGUAUUGCUGUAUAAAAAAAAAAAAAUAUCAAAUAAAAGCAUUCAAAACUUC